UGUUGGUUGUUGGUGUAUCUUUACACAGGCAAAAGCUUAACACAAAGUAAACAUGUAUGUACAUUUUGUGGAGAAAAUGUUUCGCCCUUUGGGUAAUCCUAAUUUAUUAUUUAUCCAAUUAGUUUCUCAUUCACAAAAUGUAUGUACAUUGCUAUCCAUUUUGUUAAUUGCCACUCAUAGUGUUAAAUGCCGAAAAUGGUGGUUAUAAAUAUGUUGAUUUGACGUGCUUGUCAAUAUGUAUUUCAAUUUGGAGCAAAUUAAUAAAAAUUGCUUUUCCUUUGUCUUCAGAUUAGAUUGGACUAUGUAACAGUUGUAGAAAGACGAGCCACAGUAAUCAAGCAUUUUCUCAGAGUUUCGAUCAUGGGUGAAAAAAAUCUUGUAAAGUUUCUUAAAAUGGAUAUUGGUCUGCAAAACGCAUUCGCGACAAACAAACGUGCCAGCACUUUGUCUAUUGAAUCCGAUUUGCUAGAAAUUGGUAAAAGUAUUAUAAGAUCAAACCAGCUCAUAGGAUACUUACCCAUGACUUGUGUCACCUCGUCAAACUCUGAUUUACAAAGGAAUUCGGAAUUCAAGCGGCUUCUUCUGUGCCCGAAAAGCGUGCCAUUCGUUUGGAGUGUCUGUCUUAUAUUCUAUCAAAUAAUAUCGUACGCUAUGUGGCCUCUAUUUUUUGCAAAGCAUAUGUACAACAAACUCCUGAUUGAUAGAUCAACUGAAAAAAUUGCAAUGACAGCGUCACUAGUUUUGGCUGCUUUCAUUAUUCUUGGGCGACAUAUCUAUGGGCUGGUUGGCUAUAGGAAAACUUUAAAAUUUUGGUCUCAAUUUGUCAACCUUGUGCAUAAAUUUGAAGGACCAAGUGGUCAAAAUCACCUGAAAUCUGAUGCUUUUAUGCGCAUUAAAGUUUGUAUUAAUCGGGUUAUUGUAGAAAAUGCUGUUGUCACCUUGCUCUAUGGAACUUUCUGUUUAAGUACGUUUAUUUUAAAUCCAGAGGAGGAACAAUGUGGCAUUGCUUUCUAUUAUGGACACAUGAUUACAGCCAUGUCAUUUAAAAUCAUGGCAUGUACACAUAUUUUCAUUGAAAUAUGGAUGACUUUUCCUGUACGAGUUAUUCAAGGUUUGCUCCACAUCCUUAGACAAGAAUUAGACGAUCAAUUAAUACUAAGCAAGGAUGGAAAACUUACUGGAAAGGUGACUUUAUUGAGAGAAAGUUGGAUUGAGGACUAUCACACAAUAUGCACACUGGCCAAACUUUACACCCACCAUUUUGAGAAAGGUUUGAUUCUUGAAAUCGGAUACAAUUCGGUGCAAAUGUUAUGCCAGAUCUUUUCAACGCUCUCAUUAGUUCUGAGUGACAUGGUCAACGCAGCUAUAGCUCGCUGUACUCCGAUUGCAUUUUCGUUUAGAUCAGUUUAUCAACUAGCUAAUGAAUCUGAUAAAUUGUGUCAAUUGCAUAAAGAAAUUUAUGAGAGGUUAUGCACCUAUCAUGGAGAUUUGAAGCUUAAUGAAGAACUCAAAUAUAAGAUAGAAUCUUUGCUUCGGGAGAUGACCGUUAACGAUCUCUCAAUUCAGCCUGGAAGGUAUUUCAACCUGGAUAGAAAAUUGGUUACUUCGAUCAUGUCGACUAUAAUCACAUUUGUCAUCAUUCUUGUGCAAUUUCGAAAUGGAGACAAAUAAUAGUAACUUGACUUAAUGGAAAAGUAAUCUAGCUCUGUGUAUAUACAUAAUUUUGACUUAUAUUAAAAUGUCCGAUAGUCAAUUUAAUGGAAAUGUACAAUUUAAUUCCCAUCUAA